UUUCUCUAACCCUAACCCUCUACAGUUGUCUGUCUCUCUGUCAGAUAGGAUCUGUGUGACUCAGAGAAGGCUGUUAGCAGUGUGACUGGUGGAUCAGGGUAUGUUGUAGUUAGUGACUGGGUAGUUGACGUGGAGGGGAUUCCCACUCUGUGUUCUGCUGUCACCUGGACUGCAGCUCAAAGUACUACCUACAGGAGUUUGAAGUGCAGGUGGAGUUGCAGCUUUGUCGGGUUCUGCUUUUUGAAUCAUAAAAGCAAAGUUUACUACCUUACUGAAGCUGACCUCUACCUGCACCUCAUCAGACUGACUCACCUGGAGAGGCAACCUACCUGGUGGAACUAGAGUUCCUCUCCUGUCCUGAUGUGGGAGUGGCAGCUUUGGGUACAGAAUUAAUGUGUGUGUUUGUUUGUGAGCUGUGUGUUUGAUUGAGUGUAUAAGAGUAUGAAUUUGAACGUCUCUGGUCUGUGGGAGGAGCUUCCUGUUAACUCCUCCGUGUGGUGUCCCUAUGAUGUGAUUGGUUGGGAGCCACAAAUGGAGCAGCUGUACUUUUGGUUCUACCUGCUGCUCUUCAUCCCUGGUCUCUGCCUCAACACCACGGCUCUCUGGGUGCUAUGUAGACACAUCAGUAAGAAGACCAAGGCAGUGAUCUUCAUGGUGAACCUGGCACUAGCUGACCUACUCCAUGUCAUGUCUUUGCCUCUGAGGAUCCACUACUACCUGACACACACCUGGCCCUUUGGACAAACACUGUGUCUGUUCUGUUUCUACCUCAAAUACCUCAACAUGUACGCUUCCAUCACCUUCCUGGUGUGUAUCAGUGUCCAGAGGUGUGUGUUUUUGCUACAGCCCUUCUAUGCCAGGCGGUGGAGACGGCGUUAUGACCUGUUGAUCAGCGCCACCGUGUGGCUGGUGGUGGGAAUAGGUUGUUCCCCUUUUAUUAUCAUGAGGAUCAGCAACAGCACUGUACCCAGUCAAUACACCCCUAGCCCCAGUACCAGUCUUAUACCCAGCUCUAACCCCAGCCAUUACACUGGUAGUCCUAUUCAAUACUCCACAACCUCCACCUUACCUUACACAAGCUCCAGCCCCACCGGCUGUUUUAAGGACCUGCCCACCAGGAAACUACCACUCCCCCUUGUGGCAGCCAUGAUGGUGCUUGCGGAGCUGUUUGGGUUUGUGUUACCGCUCAGUGCCAUCAGUUACUGCUCUCUCCGGAUCGCUCACUCACUGAGACAGAGACAGGACAGAGAGCACCACCACAACCACCGCUGCCCCUCGACCAGCCAGGCCCAACCCUCAACCCAGACAGACAGAGAGCACCACCACAACCACCGCUGCCCCUCGACCAGCCAGGCCCAACCCUCAACCCAGACAGACAGAGAGCACCACCACAACCACCGCUGCCCCUUGACCAGCCAGGCCCAACCCUCAGCCCGGAUUAACAGGCAGAUGGACAAAGAUAAGCGUCGCGCCCUGAGGAUGGUUAUGAGCUGCUCGGCUCUAUUCUUGUUCUGUUUCGCUCCGUACCACAUCAAUUUCCUGUUGUACGUGAUGGUGUCUCAGGAUAUAGUGUCCCACUGCCCCACGAUGCUGGUGGUGCGUCAUUUCCACCCUGUUUCGCUGUGUGUAGCCAGUCUUUCCUGCUGUCUGAACCCUUUGUUAUAUUACUUCCUCACUGCAGAGUUCAGACAGCACCUCUCCCAACGCACCUCCUCCCUCUCCUCCUCCAUUAGAGGCCGGCUCAUGAGCCUGGAAAGCACCUCCUCUUUUAGGGAGUAACAACUCCUGUAGGGAGCACUUUGUCUCCUCCUCCUCUCCUCAAUCAAUCAAAUAUAUUUACAAAGCCCUUUUUACAUCAGCUGACGUCACAAAGUGCUGUACAGAAACCCAGCCUAAAACCCCAAACAGCAAGCAAUGCAGGUGUAGAAGCACGGUGGCUAGGAAAAACUCCCUAGAAAGACCAGAACAUAGGAAGAAACCUAGAGAGGAACCAGGCUAUGUGGGGGGGCCAGUCCGUUUCUGGCAGUGCAGGGUAGAGAUUAUAACAGUACAUGGCCAAGGUGUUCAAAUGUUCAUAAAUGACCAGCAUGGUCAAAUAAUAAUAAUCACAGUAAUUGUCGAGGGUGCAACAGGUCAGUCCCUCAGGA